AUGUCAAAAAAAAAAAAGAAUUCUAAAAAGAAGAAUAUUCAAAAAUAUAUUAAUCCUAAAAUUGUGACAAUCAUUUUAUUAUGUUCGUGUUAUUUUUUUUACAAUGUAUUCGGUAUUGUAUAUAUAAUAAUUGUUUUAAUUACAACCAUAUUUUUAAAUUUAGGUAAUAAUAAUGAUAAUGGUAUAAGUGCCUAUUCUAUAUUUAAUAAAGGAAAAAAGUAUUUAAUUGGUGAUUUAAGAAUGAAUCAAAUUGAAAAGGAAUUUAGAAAUAGCAAAUUUAAAAAUGAUGAUAGUGAUGAUAAUUUUUUAAGAUUUGAUGAUAUUGACAAAAACAAGGUUUAUAUUAAAGGAUCAUCAAAAUAUAAUAACAAAUUAUGUACUUGUGGUUCAAAGAAAAAAUUUAAAAAAUGCUGUGGUACUAUAAAAAAUAAUUCAUCUGAUUUUUGA